ACACUUUAUGAAGUCUUUUGUAGGAGAAAUCUACUCAGGUUGAUUAGUUUCUUCGUCACACCUCAGUAUACCAUUUGCAUUGGAUCUAAAGGGAAUGUUCAAACCAUAUUAACGAUCAUGUAUAAGGUAAAUAGUGAACUUGUAUCUCAGUGGCUCACUGAAAUAAGGGUUCUGGAUGGAGGUUUUGGAACAGAAAGUCAGAAAUUAUCGAAUCUACAAAUAGACGGACAUUUAGCUUGGAGUUCCAGAUUAUUAAUGGACGACCCAGAAUUAGUUGUUAAAAUACACAAGUCCUUUUUGCGUGCUGGUUGUGAUGUGAUUUCUACGAACACUUAUCAAGCAGCGCCUUCAACCUUGGUGAAGGCACUUGGUAUAAGUGAUGGAGAAGCGAAAAACCUUAUGCAUACUGCUGUACAUUUAGCUCAAAGAGCACGCGAGGAAGAAAAUAAUUCAGUUACUGCAAGCGAAUUCCAACGAAAAUUGCCUGUUCUUAUUGCCGGAUCUUUAGGUCCAUAUGGAGCAUGCGCUGCUGAUGGAUCAGAGUAUACUGGGUCGUAUGCAAACAAAGUUUCAUUCAAUGAGCUAGUGGAGUUUCAUUUAUCAAGAGCAAAAAUCUUAUUGGAGUCAGGAGUGGAUUUCAUAGCAUGGGAAACUGUUCCACUUUUGAAAGAAGUUUCAUCAAUAUGUGAAGUUAUGCACAGACUACCAUCAGCAUAUUGCUGGAUAUCAGUUUCAUCACCAGAUGGUGAAAAAACAUCCGGUGGAGAUUUGAUAGCUUCAGUCGCGUGUGAGGUAGCAAAGUGUGAACAGGUUUUCGGUGUUGGAGUUAAUUGUAAUAUACCACAUGAUUGUAUUGGUAAGGGACUUGCUAACUUAAAUUCACAAACAUGUAAAGAAUCGAAAAAUACUUCAAGUAAAUUAAUAUUACUUUACGCAAAUGAUUGUCAAUUAUGGAUACCUAAUGAUGGCGAUAAAAAGCGAGGUCAUUUCGUUAAUUAUUUACAAUACAAUCAUGACAGUUGGUUUCAAAAUACCAUUAAAUGGGCAAAACGUCGUGAAACUUCAGAUGAUGAACACUUACAUUAUUCAGUAAAUGAUAAACCUCCUUUAGCUCAGUGGGUCGGUGGAUGCUGUAAUGUUGAACCUGAAUGUAUAAGACGGCUUGCAAAAUGGAUGAAACCUGAUGAAUUUAUUAGCUGACUGAUGUUUGAUAUUUGACUAAUUGUUAAGAUUAUAUGAUUGUACAAAAUAAAUAAUUGUUUGAACU